AUGAAUAUAAUGAAAAAAUGUGGUUUCUGUCAGCAACCGGCGAAUUUGAUGUGCAGCCGUUGCCUGGAAGUAUAUUGUUCGGUUGAAUGUCAGAUCCGAGACUGGUCUGAUCAUAAAAAAAAUUGUAUCAGCGUUCCGAAACUCUAUCCGAAUGAUAGUUAUCUGGAAAUCCUUGCUGGUGGCGUAGGGCUACCGUUAAGAGGUUCUUCAAUUAUUGAACAAGCUUCUUCGCGUAUGUUGGCAGCUGGUAGUGGACGCUCUUUGAAGCCAAUGCGCAAGCCUAACAUUCCGAUCGGUACUGUGGAAAUCUCAGUGAACCGGGAAGCGAUCUCGAAAUUCGUUAAUACAGAGGAUGAGCCUUGUGAAGCCGCGAAGAAUAUAGCUAUUACAGCUCCCACAGCGGAUUGUAAUAAACGAUACUCUGCGAUCAAAAUUGAGGAAAUUCCACGCGCUGGAACAAUACACCAGGCGAAGUCAGCUAGUCCGGUCAUUGAGAAGCCGCAAACGCUGGCAAAAUUGAAACUGGAAAUUAUAAAACAUCAUCAAAUGAUGGCCAAGGAUGUUGAGAAAGCGCUACCAUCUACCGCGAAAUCAGAGCCUAACAAUCAGCCAAAGCCAUGGCUUCAGCCUUUUCCGUUAGAGAAAAAAGACGGUGAACCGUUUGAAGCUAUAGUUCAGUGCCUGGUUGGAAACAAGCCGAAUCGUAUCUGGGUUAUCAUGGCUUCGCAUGAAACCGAAUGCGAGAAGUUGCUGCGGGAAAUUCAAGGACAACUUAAUCGUAAAAACGAAGUUGUUCGCUUUGAGCAGGUUGAAGUAGAUGACAUUUUCGCAGCGCCGUACGAAGACGAUGUCUUCUACCGUGCAGUUAUACUAGAAAAGAUUGGUUCUCCGAAAGGCUUGGUGAAAGCCCGUUUAAUCGACUAUGGUGACGAAAUAACCCUGCCAGCGUCUGCCCUUCGUGUUCCACUGCUGCUGAUGAAAAAUCUUCGUGCGUUUGCCUUUCAAAUAGAAGUUCGAAACUGCACCCGGCCGCUGGAGCUUUUGGAGCGCAUUCGAAUCAAAAUUAUUCGCUCUGAAAAAGAUUGCAAGAUUGUUGAAAUGGAACCAGAUUCUUGUGCGCCUCACAUGCUCGAAAUAGUUGGCAUGGGGGAGGAUAGAUUUGGAAAUGGUGGUAUUAUUUCGGUGUUUUCAUCGCGAAAGGCAUUGGUUAUUUUGUCAACGGCUGCCGUCAAACCAAUCAUGAAAACGGUGUGUACGCAGUUGGUGGAAGCGGCACCAAAAUUCUCUCUGUUGGAAAAUCCAAAAAUCAAUGAUCUAGUUUGCAUCAAUACAUCCGAAGCGGGUUGGUCACGUGGGCUAAUUAUUGAUCAGCAUGGCAAAUCGAAUUUGGUCUAUACCAUUGACAACGGAGGUAUUGAAUAUGUUCAAACUAAUCGCGAGAUGCGUGUGCUCCCGGAUGAGUACAAAAUAAAGCCACGCUUGGUGGUUCAGAUGGAAAUAGUCAAGGUCCUAAUGAAUGAAUUGGAAUUCAAAAGAAUGUGCUAUUUGCCCCGCUUUGCUUUUAGCUAUACUCGCCAGGAGUACAAUGCACAGCAGCUCUCAAUGAAGGCUGUACUAAAGGACGUGGAAGGCAAAAUUACACUAGCGGAAGUUAUAUUUACCGAGUUCGUUUGUGAUUUGAAACAAGUUGGCAUUAAUUAUUGGCCACACAUUCCUCAGGAUAAAAGCGUGGUGCAAAUUACAGCCGUGCUGGAUAUAUGUACUGUAAUCAUUUGUCCGCAGGUUAAAAUCAAUGUUUACACCGAAUUGUUGCAAACAAUCCUGCCAGGGCUUAAGGCUCUUUGUUCGGCACCGACAGCGAACGAUGUUAUCGUAGGUGUCGAUGAAAUCAUGAUGCCGUACAGGGCUCGAGUAUUACGAACCAUAUCGACUUCGGAAGUGGAGCUGCUGGACCUCGACAAUGGUUGCAUCAAAAAGCUUCCUCUUGGGAAGCUCUACGCUGCCAAUAGUUUUAUACUUAACCUACCGGUGUACACUUCCAAAGUACAAAUCCGGGACAUAAACACGUCAGCCAUUGAGAAUGAAGCUGCGGUAUUGGAACAAAUGGAAGAUUUUAAAAUAAACAAACGAAAUUUUCGUUUACUAUUUGAAGGCGGAUCGUAUAUGCACGGCGUUAAGUUGAUUGACUUGAAUUCAAACCGUUCAGUAGCUACUCUCCUGAUGGAACAGCACGACAAAAAGCAACGUGAGGUCGCAGAGGCACGAGCGAAGCAACAACAGCGGGAAGCAGAAGAGACCCGACAAAAAUUGUUGACCGAAGAAAAGAAACGGCGAGAGCAGGAGCAGGCCGAGAAAGCAGCUAAGGAAGCUGCCGAAGAGGUUGCUCGACAGAAAGUGCUAGCUGAAGAAAAAAGACGCCGAGAACAAGAGCAAGCCGAGAAGUUGGCCAAAGAAGCUACUAAAAAGGUUGCGGAGCAGCAACAAAGCGAGUCUAAUACGAAAGCUGCAAUUCCUUCAGCUAGGUUUACUAUUCACGACUUAAAACUGGUUGGGCUUCCAGCUAAGAGCGAUGUGAAGCUCGCCAUACUAGAUGAUAGCGAUUUAAACAAAGGAGUGAUAACCGUCAUCGAGAUGAACGACACCAACGUUGAACGAUAUAAAACCAUAACGGAUGAUGUUCAAAAACACGUGGUUGUCAGCGGAGACGGCUACAUGCCAGAACUCGAAGAAAUAUGUGUUGCCUUGUUUGAUGCGGACAAACUUUGGUAUCGUGCGGUUUGUCUGCAGCAACAUCCCGACAAAAACAAGACAAUAGUUCAGCUCAUCGAUUUCGGCAAUGUAAUUGCAGUGGAGCAGAAAUUUAUUCGCACACUGCCGGAAACCCUUCAAUUUCCCUGUGUCGCACAUACGUGCAGGGUCAAGGAUCACACGAAAAUUCUAGCUACACUAGCGCGACAGCAAAAUGAGCUUGGCCAUCUGGUCGCGAAAGAGAUUGAAUUGGACGAGGGUAUCUACAAUUUGAAAUUCUAA